AUGGCAGAGCCCCCUGAAGCAAGCCUGGCAGAGGAGGAGGAGCAGGAAAUGGAGGCGUGGGCGAAGCCCCUCAUCUACCUGUGGCAGAACAGGAAGAGCUGCUUCACAGCGGAGAGGGAGUACAAUGCUCAUGCAGCCACCAUGCAGCCACACUGUGCUGUGUGCACACUCUUCAUGCCUUAUUAUCAGGCUGAAGACAAAGCAGAGGACGAUACAUCUUUCGUAGCUAAGGACUCCUCCAAACCCUCAUCUCCAAUGGAGGGCCACACACGUCCCUGUAGAGGUCUUAGAAGAACCAAGCCCCUAGUCCCAGAGAUCUGCUUUUCUUUCCGGGAGCAGAACUGCCCCCCAACUCCCACUAACCCUCUGUUGCAGGAAGAUGGCACCUCCCCUCUACUCUACUGCCAGGGCUGUUGCCUGCAAGUCCAUGCAAGUUGCUACGGUGUUGCCGCAGAUGAUGUCAGCGAACAGUGGUCGUGUGAUCGCUGUACAGAAGGAAGCUUUACUGCAGAAUGCUGUCUCUGUAACCUCAGAGGUGGAGCUCUGAAGAAAACCAAAAACGACAAAUGGGCCCAUGUGAUGUGUGCAGUCGCACUGCCAGAGGCAAGGUUCAGCGACGAAGCCAAGAGGAGUCCCAUUGACACCAGUAGGAUCCCCAUGCAGCGAUAUAAACUGAAGUGCAUCUAUUGUCGUAAGCGCUGCGCGGGGAAGCGGCGGGCAGGUGCUUGUAUCCAGUGCUCAUGUGGCCGGUGUCCCACCUCCUUUCAUGUGACCUGUGGCCAUGCUGCCGGUGUAAUCAUGGAGCCUGAUGAUUGGCCAUAUGUCGUGUCAAUCACCUGCCAUAGACAUCAAUCACGGAGCUCGUCAGCUCAGCAGCGAGCAUGCCAAGCGUCCAUCUCGCUGGGCCAGACGGUGAUCUCCAAACACAAAAACCUGCGCUACUACAGCUCAAAGGUCACCCAGAUCACCUCCCAGAUGUUCUACGAGGUCAUGUUCGAUGACGGCUCCUUCUCCAACGAUACCUACCCCGAGGAUAUAGUGAGCAGAGAUUGUAUGAUCUUGGGUCCUCCUGAAGUGGGGGAAGCCGUUCAAGUGAAGUGGCCUGAUGGACUUUUCUAUGGUGCCAAAUACCUGGGAUCCAACGUAUCCUACAUGUACCAGGUGGAGUUUGAGGACGGUUCUCAGGUGCUGGCAAAAAGAGAAGAUGUCUAUACUUUAAAUGAAGACCUGCCUAAAAAGUCCACGGCCUCAAGCAUGCGUUUCCAGGACGCCUUCUUCACAACGCAGGGGGAGAGGAAACGGCAAAGAACACCCAAUUCACGCUUCCAGAAAGACUAUGUGGCCCUGCCAGGCCUCCGUACAACUGCCAAAAGCACAUGGGAGCAACGCAGCCACAAAGGGAAAUAAAGUCAUGGAGAAGAAUCAAUGACAAAUGAAUGCACUGAAUUACCAGUGGAUGUAGAGGGAAGCUGUUUGUGUGUGUGUGUGCGCGCGCGUGUGAGUAUGCUUGCGUGCAUAGCGUUUUGGAUCUACUUCCAUCUCAACUGAUGCCCACACACCUUCCCUGCGACGAGACCAGAGGAAACUACGUUAAGGGAAUGGGUGAUUUGGAUUAGAUGGAUGUCAACUUGCGUGUGCUUGUACAUUAUACAUCAGUGAUUGUGACCGACUGGAGAAGGAUCGGACAGCUGGACUCUUAUAGAAAUGGGUUGACAGAGGACAUUGUUGCCUCAGUUGCCCGUUGCUUUCACAUCAGUCAGGGAAAAUAAGCGUGACUUACAUUUGUCACAUCACCCUCUUUUGAAAUAAAUGACACUUUUUUUUUUCUUUGUACAUGAAAUAUUCAAAUGUGAGAUUUUUCUAAAUAGCUUGCCUACGGUAGCUUUUUGGGGGUAUGUUAUUUCCAUGUUUUGAUUUAGAGUAUUUAUGCACUUUGCUUGUAGUAUUUUCCUCAUGUCUUACUGUUUCUCCCUGCAUGUUAAACAUUGUCUCCUAACUGCUCCUGCUGGAGUCCAGUGACUCUACAUAUGGCUUCCUCUCUGCGUAUUCUUUCAUCCAUAUGGACAAAAAUAUAUAUAUUGUGUAAUUUUACAUUGAAAAAUGUAUUAUUGCUGAACGAAAAAAAGAUUGACCACAUGUUAAUCCCUUCCUAAGGUGAAAGACUCGGACAGGAAGCCAUGCCUUGGUAUUGGAUUCUGUGCACUAUUAACGUGAAAUGCUACUGUUGCUCUGUUGAAUGAAAAAUUAUUUAAAAAUUUGUAUUUAUUUUUUGGCUUGCUAUAGUUAAACUAUUGCUAACUGCUUUAAGGAAACAAUAAAAAAUUACAUAUGUUUUUUUAA